CUGGAACGGGCUGGAAAGAGCUGAGCUCUUCUCCCGAGGGUGACGUAAUUUUCGGGACGAGGCCACGCCUCCAGCGAACGGGAAUAAAAGGCUCCGCCGGCAGCAGCGGGGCAGAACGCUUCCAGCCCACUGGAGAGGGGAAAGAAGCAGCAGCAACAGCAGCAACAACAGCAACAGCAGCAGCAGCAGCGAUGCUUUGCCGGAUGCACCUCGCACCAUUCGCCUCCAGCUCCCUGGCCAGCCGUCUGGGCACGGUGAGGACCCUCUGGCCACACGCAGAGACCAUCUUCACUGAGCUGCAGCAGGAGAUGGAGAAAGCUCGGGAGUUCAUGAGCAGCUUCGAGCAGCUUCUGAGCAACCACGGAGCCAUCGCAGCAGAGCGAGCCCCGAGCACCAGCACGACCCUGGCCCAGUGCUCCGGGGACGGCUUCUCCGUCUGCCAGGACGUGAAGAACUUCGCUCCCGAGCAGCUGUCGGUGAAGGUGGUGGGCAGGAAGGUGGUGCUGGUGGGGCAGAAGGAGACGCAGAACGUCGACGAGAAGGGCUCCUUCUCCUACAAGUACGAGGUGCUGAAGCGGGAGUGGGACGUGCCCGAGGAGGUGGACGCCGAGGCGCUGACCUGCUCCCUGUCGAAGGACGGGCAGCUCCGCAUCGAGGCCCCCAAGCUGGCCCUGCCGGCUGCUCCGGAGAGGAACGUGCCCAUCCAGGUCAGCCCUGCAGCCCCACAGCCUGGACCAGCCUCUGAGGAUGGAGCUGCCAACAAAGCCCAGGUGUAACUGGAUGGGACCCCAUGGCCACGGCAGGACCGGAGCAGACAGGAGCAAGUCUUGGGUUUAAGCCCAGACAAGCUCCAUCAGCAAUGAUGUCAUUUUUUUCACUAUACUGGAAUGUUUUUGUAUCCAAUAAAAAUACUUUUGCAUAGAACCUUCA